AUGGGUCAGACCACGGUUGACAAGGUGGAGGAGUUCUUGCAAGAAAGGGACAUGAUGCUAGAAGAAUUGAAGAUGAACCUUGUGCAUGCUCAACAAGUGAUGAAGGGUAAUGCUGAUUCGAAGAGAAGGGAGGUAGAAUUUAAGGUGGGGGAUCAUGUUUUUCUGAAGCUGCAACCCAUAGAAGCUUGCUGCCCGCUUCUAUGGGCCAUUCGAGAUCACUCAGCGCGUGGGCAAGGUGGGCUACAAGCUCUUAAACAAGCUGUGGGUAAUGUACCUAGUUCGCCCACAAUUCCCCCUCAGAUCACCCCCGAGUUGGAAUUAGUGGUGGAACCCGAGCAAGUGUUGGAUAGUAGGCCUAAGUUGGGACGGAGCGAAGGAUUAGAAGUAUUGAUCAAAUGGCUUGGAGUACCGGAAUUCGAGUCCACAUGGGAAGAUGCCGAAGCAAUCAAGUCCAAGUUCCCGGAUUUCAACCUUAAGGACAAGGAAACAGGAUGGGCACCAAAGCACAUUAUUGCUAUGGAUGAAGUUGACAAUGUCAUUGGUGUUGUUCCACUAUACCUUAAAAGUCAUUCCUAUGGUGAAUAUGUUUUUGAUCAUUCAUGGGCCAAUGCUUACUAUAGUUAUGGUUCGAGGUAUUAUCCCAAGUUACAAAGUUGUGUUCCAUUCACUCCAGUUACUGGUCCAAGAAUCUUACUUCGUAAUACAGCCUGCAAAGAUGAGAUUUUUGAUAUUGUUGUCUCAGCAUUAAAAGAUCUAACGACGAAGUUCCAGGUCUCAUCAAUGCAUGUUACUUUUUCGAAUGAAAGUCAGUGGCAGAGGAUGAAAGAGAAGGGCUUCCUUCAGAGAAUAGGCAUGCAAUACCACUGGAAAAAUCGGAAUUACAAGAAUUUUGAUGGAUUUUUGAUGGAUUUGAAGCAAAGCAAAAGAAAAAAUAUUCGCCAGGAGCGUAAAAAGAUUUCUGCACAAAAUUUGACUAUGAAGCGUCUUCGAGGAUAUGAGAUUAAGGCAAAACACUGGGACACCUUCUAUCAAUUCUACAAGAAUACUACCGACAACAAGUGGGGUACUCCUUACUUGACAAGGGAUUUUUUUCACAACAUGGCAUCAAAAAUGGGAGAUCAAGUGCUUCUAGUUACCGCUGAAGAACAGAAUAAACUUGUUGCUGGGGCUCUCAAUCUUAUUGGCGGUGAUACUAUGUAUGGACGCCUAUGGGGUUGUCUUCCGGAAUCUUAUUAUCCAAGUUUGCAUUUCGAAGCAUGUUACUACCAGGCAAUAGAAGCUGCUAUUGAAUUCAAUUUGGACAAGGUGGAAGCAGGAGCUCAGGGUGAGCACAAAAUCCAGCGGGGAUACUUACCUGUAACAACUUACAGCUGCCAUUACAUUGUUGACGAAGAGUUUCGGAAAGCUAUCAAAGAUUUUCUUGUACGGGAAACAGACCAGAUGAUGCUUGUGAUGAAGGUAUUGCGUGAAUCUGGGCCCUUCAAAGAUGAUAUAAAAUGGGACAUUAAAGAAUAAAUACGCGCUUCUUCUUUAGAUUCAUUGGGGGCAAGAUACAGCUUAGUUCAGAGAACUACCAUGCGCAUAUAUACAGAAAACAGAGCAUUGUAAAUUACAGAAAAUGAAUACCUAACGUACCUUGAAACCUAUCCUUUAGAAUAUGUACAUUGCUAAAAAAAAAAAAAGUAUACUAUUAUGAAACCUAUUCGUGUGGCCUGGAGAAUC